CCCAUCUUCGCCGGUGCUCUCUCUCUAUCUCUGUGCUUGUCUCUCUCUCUCGCACUCUCCCUUAAACUCCAAAAAUGGAAACCCUAGCAAUCUCUCACUGCUUGUCUUCGGCGACUCACGGCCUAUCUCGUGUUUCAGCCACCGGCAUUUUCACUAGAAGUUCAGUCUCUCUAGCUCGCUACCCUACUGUCAAAUGUUCUCUGUCUGACUAUCCAGUUAUCGACAAAGAAAAGUUCAUUGAAGCUUCAAAAAAAGGAAAUGUAAUUCCUCUCUACCACAGUAUAUUCUCCGAUCAAUUGACUCCGGUACUUGCUUAUCGGUGUCUGGUGAAGGAAGAUGAUCGAGAGACCCCUAGUUUUCUGUUUGAGUCGGUUGAGCCCGGAUUUAGAACUUCGAGAGUUGGUCGGUAUAGUGUGGUUGGUUCUCAUCCGGCAAUGGAGAUUGUGGCGAAAGAAAACGUGGUUACAAUAGUGGACCAUGAGAAUGAGCGCCGGACAGAGGAAGUUGUUGAUGAUCCAAUGACGAUUCCGACAAGUAUCUCGGAGAAUUGGAAACCCCAACUCAUUGGUGGACUUCCUGAUGCAUUUUGCGGUGGAUGGAUAGGUUAUUUCUCAUAUGAUUCAGUUCGUUACGUGGAGAAGAAGAAACUGCCGUUCCUAAGGGCACCAAAAGACGACAGAAAUCUUCCAGACAUUCAUCUCGGACUCUAUGAGGAUGUCAUUGUGUUCGAUCAUGUAGAGAAGAAAGCAUAUGUGAUUCAUUGGGUGAGGAUAGAUCAGUACUCCUCCCUGGAGCAGGCUUAUGCUGAUGGAAUUAAGCGGUUGGAAAUAAUGGUAUCCAAAGUACAGGAUAUUGAACCGCCAAAGCUGGCUUCAGCUACCGUGGAGUUCUCUGCACGUCAGUUUGGUCCUCCAUUGAAGAAGUCAAACAUGACAAGAGAAGAAUAUAAGAAUGCAGUACUGAAAGCAAAAGAGCAUAUUCAAGCAGGGGAUAUUUUCCAGAUUGUAUUAAGUCAACGGUUUGAACGCCGAACAUUUGCUGAUCCUUUUGAAGUCUACCGAGCUCUGAGAGUUGUAAAUCCAAGUCCAUAUAUGACUUACUUACAAGCAAGGGGGUGUAUCUUGGUUGCGUCGAGCCCUGAAAUUCUGACGCGUGUGAAAAAGGGGAAGGUCGUUAAUCGACCAUUGGCAGGAACAAUAAGAAGAGGAAAAACACAAUGCGAAGAUGAAAUGCAAGAAAUGCAGCUUCUUAAUGAUCAAAAGCAGUGUGCUGAGCACAUCAUGCUGGUUGACUUAGGAAGGAACGAUGUUGGAAAGGUCUCAAAAUUGGGUUCUGUGAAUGUCGAGAAGCUUAUGACCGUGGAACGUUACUCCCAUGUAAUGCAUAUUAGCUCAACGGUGACAGGAGAAAUGCUUGAUCAUCUGACUUGCUGGGAUGCAUUACGAGCUACAUUGCCUGUUGGAACCGUUAGUGGCGCACCAAAGGUGAGGGCCAUGGAGUUGAUUGAUGAGUUGGAAGUGUCAAGGCGCGGGCCUUAUAGUGGUGGAUUUGGAGGCAUUUCGUUUACUGGUGAUAUGGACAUCGCGCUAGCUCUCAGAACCAUGGUAUUUCCCAAUGGACCCCGUUAUGACUCAAUGUACUCCUACAAGAAGGCGGCUGCGCGGCAGGAAUGGCUUGCUUACCUACAAUCUGGUGCUGGUAUAGUGGCUGAUAGUAUCCCGGAUGACGAACAGAGAGAGUGCGAGAGCAAAGUUGCUGGUCUCGCUCGAGCAAUCGACUUGGCUGAGUUGGCGUUUGUUGAUAAAUAAUUUAUACUUGUAGUCAGAAAUACAACCUCGUUUAGGUAGAACAAGAUGAAGAUGAAAAGUUGUACUGGAAUUAUAAUGUCUUAUUUUACUAUAUAAAGGAGUAGAUUUUACAGUUUCAGGUUGAGACCAAAAUGGAGUUACAGAACUUCAAAAUGAAAUUAUGAUGAAUCAAUUUAGUUUGGUUUGACAAUUUCUUUC